AUGGAUGUUGGUGACUCUAAUUCUAAGUUUUUCUUUAACUCCCUUAAAGAGAGAAGAUCUAGAAACAAUAUUCUUGCUCUGACUUCUAGAACAGGUGAAAAGUUGGAGGAGGAUAAAGAUAUUGCUGGAGAGUGUGUGGACUUUUUUAUAUCUUUAUUUGAUUCUAGUGUUGAUCUUGACGAGACUAAUGCUGUUAUUAAGGACUUAAGGUUUGAUAAUCUAGUUUCUGAGGCUGAUGCUCAGUCUCUUAUGAGACCUAUAACUAGAGAUGAAAUUAUUGAAGCUCUUGCUGCAAUUCACUCUUCAAAAGCUCCAGGUCCUGAAGGAUCUGGUAGAUUACUGGAGGAGAUUAAUAGUACUUUCAUCACCUUGGUGGCUAAAUGUGAUAAUCCUACUACAGUGUGGGACUUCAGACCUAUCUCCUGCUGUAAUGUGAAAGCUUAUGAUUCAGUUAGUUGGGAUGACAUUGCUGCAGUGCUUAGAAAAGUUGAAUUUCCUAGUGGUUUUAUUCAUUGGAUAAUGUGUUGCAUUUCUUCUCCUAUGUUUUCUAUUCUUAUUAAUGGAUCCCCUUAUGGGUAUUUUGGGGCUAAGAGGGGGUUAAGAAAGGGAUGUCCCAUGUCCCCUUAUCUGUUUGUGAUGGUGACGGAAGUUCUGAGUAUACUUCUGCAGAAUCAAGUCAACAAUGGUCAGGAUGGUCUUUAUCCUAAGUGCAAAGCUACUCAUCUUACACAUCUUUGCUUUGCAGAUGAUGUUUUAGUUUUCUUUAAAGGGAAUUUGAAAUCUGUUCAUGUCCUUUCUUUGGUGCUUAAGGACUUCAGUGAUUUCUCAGAUCUUGGCAAAAAGCAUAAUCCAAUUAGUUGGAGUCAAGCUUGCACUGUUCAAAGAGGAGGAGGGCUUGGUCUUAAAUAUCUGGAGAAAACUAAUAUUGCAGCCAACUUAAGGCAUGUUUGGGAUAUGUCUUCAGGUAAAGAGACCAUUUGGACCUUAUGGAUUAGAGAAAAUCUCAUCAAAAAUAAGGAUUUUUGGGACUUAAAUACUCCUCAAGAUUGUUCAUGGAGCUGGAGAAGGAUUCUUGAGUGUAGAGAUGAAGCUAAACAGUUUAUGGGAACUUGUUUAGGAAAUGGUGCUAAUACGAAUUUUAACACUGGGUUUUGGCAUCCAAAAGGCAGGCUUAAGGAUUGGUUGAAUGAGGAGUGUUUAAGGAAUAUUUAUCCUUCUAAUGAUAAAAGGGCUACAUAUUUUAUGAUGUCUGGUCAAUUUUUUGUUCCUGAGUGCUCCCAUUCUACUAGCUGCAAUUCUUCUUCUUAG